UAUUAGGUAGGCGCGGAAAACUGAACGGUUUAGAUCAACCUAUUUGCAGUCCCCACUAAUUGAAUUCAAAUUAGUAGAAGUAACGGCACGAUUCCGGAGCCUUUGCCUCGGAUCCGAUUCUCAUUUUCUCCACUGGUAAAGAUUACUAAAGAUUUGAGUUUUAAUGGAGGAUCCAACAAGACAAGUGGGAGUGCAUGAGUUGAACUUGGCUUCAAGAAAAGCUGAAGACGCAGCUCUGCGAAGGCAUCAAGCUGCCUAUUGGCUAGAUUGCGUGGUGGGACCAUUUGGAAUAUCUAGCCGCCCCUCGGAGAGAGAGUUCAUUUCUUGCUUGAGAAAUGGUUUAAUCCUUUGCAAUCUAAUUAACAAGAUUCAACCAGGUUCAGUUCCAAAGGUGGUGGACAGUAACUCACCUUCACAGUCUCUCCAGUGGGAUUCGCAGCCAUUAACAGCAUAUCAAUAUUUUGAGAAUAUUAGGAACUUUUUAGUAGCCGUGGAAGAACUAAAACUACCUGUUUUUGAAGCUUCUGUUUUUGAAAGGGAGAAUUUGGAAGAGGGGUCAUCGAAGGUAGCUGAUUGCAUUUUGGCUCUUAAGGCAUUUCAUGAGUGGAAGCAAAUGACUGGUGGGAAUGGAACUUACAAGCCACCCAGAUCUCCUUUGAUUACACAUUCUGCUGGCAGGAUUCAUGCACGAACAUCAGGAAUGGUUACUUUUAAUAGUUCUAGGCAACUAGAUAUGUCAGCAGGCUUGGAUAAACCACUAUCAACAGAUGGUGAAAUCCAAAAAUUUGAAGAUGUAAUAUUCAAGGCUCUUGCUGAACAUAUGGUAGAUUCAAAGGAGAACAUGGACAGUAAUAUACUUGCUUCCUUUCAUAGUGGAAAUGUGGAUUCAGUCAAAUUAUUGACCAACAUCUUCUCCAGUUGCUUGGAGGAAAAGUUUCAAAGAAAAUUGCCUGAGUGUUGGAGGGCCGGCAUGAACGGUAAGUGCAAUCAUCGGAAUCUAGUUCGGCAGCAAGAAAGGGAACUUCUGAAUCUUAAGAUGCUCCUAUCAAGUACGAAGAAAGAGUUUGGAAGUCUGCAAACUCGUUUUCAAAGUGAUUUGAAACAAAUUGGAGAUCAAGUGCAGGAGAUGUCUACUGCUGCUCUUGGAUAUCAUAAAGUUGUAGAAGAGAACAGGAAUUUGUACAACAUGGUUCAAGAUCUAAAGGGAAAUAUUCGAGUUUACUGCAGAAUUAGACCCAUCUUCAAUGCUGGGGCAAAAAAUGUGAUAGAUUAUAUCAGAGAUGAUGGAUCUCUAGUGGUUGUAGACCAUCUGAAACCACAAAAAGACAAAAGGAAGAUUUUUCAAUUCAAUCACGUGUUUGGUCCUACUGCCACUCAAUGUGAUGUAUUUAAAGAAACUCGGCCACUUGUUAGAUCUGUAAUGGAUGGUUACAACGUCUGCAUUUUCGCUUAUGGUCAAACUGGAUCUGGGAAAACAUAUACUAUGUGUGGUCCUGCAGGUGUAUUGGCUAAUGAAUUGGGGAUUAAUUAUUUGGCCGUUAAUGAUCUUUUUCAACUUACUGAUGAAAGAAAGGACAUAGUAGAAUAUAGAAUUCAAGUCCAGAUGGUCGAGAUAUAUAACGAACAAGUUCGUGAUCUUCUUGCUGAAGAUUUGUCAGAUACAAAAUUAGAGAUCCGUAGUUGUGCAAGUGAUGACGGUUUGGUUCUUCCUAAUGCUACUAUGUGUCCUGUAAAGUCAACUACGGAUGUCAUCAACCUGAUGAAACUCGGGGAAGGGAAUCGUGUAGUUGGUUCCACUGCCAUUAACAAUCGAAGCAGUCGUUCACACAGUGUGUUGACUGUACAUGUACAUGGCAAAGAUGUAUCUGGAAGCAUACUUCGAAGUUGCCUCCAUUUGGUGGAUCUUGCAGGUAGCGAACGAGUUGAUAAAUCAGAAGUUACUGGUGAUGGACUCAAAGAAGCGCAGCAUAUAAAUAAGUCGCUUGCUUGUUUAGGAGAUGUUAUUGCAGCCUUGGCACAGAAGAACUCCCAUAUUCCUUACAGAAACAGCAAACUAACGUUACUUCUGCAGAAUGCUUUAGGAGGAAAUGCAAAAACAUUGAUGUUCGCUCAUGUGAGUCCAGAUGGAGAUUCUUUAGGAGAAACAAUGAGUACUUUGAAAUUUGCUCAGAGAGUGGCGACUGUUGAACUUGGUACAGCUCGUGUAAAUAAAGAGAGUGCUGAGGUGCUAGAGCUUAAAGCACAGAUUGAGAAUCUCAAAAAGGCACUGGCCAACAAGGAAACUGGGAUUCCUCUGGUUAACUACUCAAAGGAGCCAGCAAGAACACCAUGCGAGAAACCUAAACAAAUGUCUGAGAGAACACCUGUUCGUCCAAGAAGGUUAAGUAUUGAAAGCACUAACAACUUACCGCUACAGAAAGAGAAUUAUGACGACACAAGGGGAUCCAAAACCCCUUUGGCGAAAAUGCGUUCUCGAAGAUCAAGUUUGGAAGGACCAAGGUACACAAAACAGGAUUCUGAGCAGAUUAAAUUAUCAGAAGUUGUAAGCAAGCUCCAGAAGCCAGAAACAUGCUUACAAAAGCAAAGUCCAACCCAAGAACAUAAAUAUAGUGGUGGAUCUUUGGUGAACUCGACCAAUCAUAGGACUCCUAGGAGUCCAACAAGUUCUGCUUUCAAAGGUCAAGUGGUAAAAAUCGUUGAUACUACAAUGAAGGCUCCAUCUUUUCAAAAUCCCAAAACACCCAAGCCAGAAGAGGUAAUCAAGUUUGUGAAGCCAGAAGUAACAUGCUUACAAAACAAUAGUUACACACAAGAAUAUAAAUAUGGUGGAUCUUUGAUAGACUCAACACAUCAUAGGGCUCCUAGGAGUCCAACAAGUUCUGCUUUCAAAAGUCAAUUGGUAAAAGUCGUCGAUACUGCAAUGAAGGAUCCAUCCUUACAAAAUCUCAAAACACCGGAGCCACAUGUGAGAUCAAAGACUGGGGUCCAGAGAUUGCAGCAAAAUGAGAUUUCCAUCUAUUCUGAAAUCCAGACACCUUGCUCAACUAAUAUCACUCAUGGAAAGGGAUCUCAGAUAAGGAAAUCACUGCGGUCUAUUGGCAAAUUAAUUAAUGGGUCAGAGAAGAGGAACCAACAGAAACCGACUGAAGCACUAACACCUUUCAAUGGAAAUAGCACCAUGCAUGAUAUGAAGUCACCCAUACAUUCCAAUGCAAGGGCCCUCAGGAGACAGUCACUUACUGGCGUUCAACCAUCCAGGAGAUCUUCACUUGGAGGUGUUUUAACUGACUCUUAUGGAAAUGAAAGUAGGAAUGUAAAAACACCGCCUCCAGUUCGUGCUUCAGCAAAGUUAACAAAACGGUGGGUUUAGCCCAUUUUAAGCUAGCUGAAAGGAGCUAACUUCUAGUUUUAGGACUCAAUUUUGGAAAGUUCAAGAAAAGCCAAUCUAGAAACUAUUAAGUAGUCAUUUGUACAUACAUCCGAGGGGAAAAUGGAUUCCUAGUCAUAUCUGGUUGGUUAUUUCCAGAUCAAUAAAUGACAUGUUCUAUCACAAAUGUAUGUUAAUUCAUACGAAAAAUAUUAAUCAAUGCCUUGUAGUUUUCA